GGAAGCUGAUGAGAGGUGCUUUGGGGAUUUGGAAGGGAUAGGGGGAUAGGAUGUCCCACGCGCUGAACCCUCCCAGGCACUUUGCAUAAAUAAAUAAAUCAGCCCUCAGCGUGCAAGGAAGGAGUGGAGGAGGUUACACCAAAGGGGGGAUUCAGUUGGUUCAUCCGAGAGGGAGAGCAGCACAGUGUGUGUGUCAUGUUACAAAGGAGAGAGAAUCAGCCGCAGCACAACUCCCAAUCAUUUCACAAUUGCACCUUCCUCAUUGCAACUCUCUAUGUGCUGCUGCUGCUGCUGCUGCUGCUGCUGAUAAAAUAACAUUCACAGAAAGUGGCACAGCAAGCGACCUGGACCUGCCCACACGUUUCUUUGCAGUGGAUCUAUAAUAGAUAUAACUACUUGGAAGGGUGGAGGAAUAUAAACUUACUGUGGCUGCUAAUGCCACCAUUCUAUCCUGCCUGGAAUUGACUAGAUUGCUACUACUGGAUACACCUUAUAUUCACUGGCACCCUGAAACCUGGAGAGCGCCCUUUUGUGGAUUAUUUAUUCUAUUUAUUUAUUUAUUGUACUUCUGGCCAUGGAGGGGAAGGAGGAGUGGAAAAGUGCUGCUGGGAAUGGUGUCCUGGCAAGGAGUUCUUGGGACAAUAGGCCACUUAUUAAUAGGACUCCGGUGCUGCUGGGAUGUGGGGUCGUGGCUAUGUCUGUCUCUUCUCUGGCUCUCACCUUCCUACUCUACCUGAGCACCUCGGCUCUACAGUCAAGGGUGUCUGUUCUAGAGAAGCAAAGGGUCGCUCAACUGUCUGCCCUAGUCUCCACUAGCCAAAUAGAGGCUGCUAUUUUAGGAAGAGUUGACCAAUUGCUGGAAGAGAAGUUAAAAUUUCAUCUACCAAGGCUCCGAGAAGUAAGAGACACAAGUGCAAAAUGUGUUUGUCCGCCUGGGCCUCCUGGAACAAGGGGCAGGAGAGGACAAAAUGGGCAGACAGGACCACCUGGGCAGCCUGGAACUCGAGGUUUCCCUGGUUUUCCAGGCCCCAUAGGAUUAGACGGCAUGCCAGGGCAUUCUGGGCAGAAAGGAGAAAAGGGUGAGAUGGGUCCAACUGGUCUAAAGGGACAUCCAGGAACUUCAGGAGUUAAAGGGGAAAAGGGUCACUGUGGGGAUUACACGCACAGGGGUGAGCAGGGACAGACAGGAAUCCCAGGUCCACCUGGACCACCAGGGCCAUCAGGACCUCCAGGAGAUGUAGGAUUGCCUGGAGUUGCUGGAACACCUGGCAAACCUGGGGAACCUGGUAAACCUGGAAGGGAUGGAAAAAGCUUACCUGGACCACCAGGACCUAAGGGGGAGGCAGGCGAAUCUGGCUUGCCGGGGACGUCUGGACUUCCAGGAUCUGCAGGUGCAAAGGGUGAUAAAGGAGAAGCAGGACUGAAGGGUGAACCAGGAAUCCCAGGAGAAAAGGGUGAGAAGGGAGAUACUGGAAAUGCAAUUGGUGGAGUUAAAGGAGAACCUGGAAAUCCUGGGCUGCAAGGGCCACCGGGACCAAAGGGAGAAGCUGGUGAUAUUGGCCAUACUGGAGUUCCAGGGCAGCGGGGUGAAAAGGGUGCUACAGGUUUAAAGGGAGAACAAGGACUUCCAGGGCCACGAGGCCCCAAAGGAGAGCCAGGGAAAUCAGAGAUGGUAGAAUACAAUGGCAACCUCAAUGAGGCAUUACAGGAAAUUCGAACUAUGGCUCUAGGUCCUCCUGGACCACCAGGACCAUCUGGACCGAUGGGUCAAAAGGGUGAAAUAGGUUUACCAGGUCCUCCUGGCCAUGACGGUGACAAGGGGCCUCGGGGAAAGCCUGGUGAACCUGGACCUCUUGGUCCUCCUGGACUUCCUGGAAAGGAUGGGAUUUCAGGACCAAAGGGAGAAAUUGGCCCCAGAGGACUUCAAGGUUCAAAGGGAGAUAAGGGAGAAACAGGUUCACCUGGUCUUGAUGGUCCUUCUGGAGAAAAAGGCGAACAUGGUGACCAUGGUGUUCCAGGACCCCCAGGUGUCCCCGGCCUUAUUGGGAUUCCAGGUUAUACAGGAGAGAAAGGAGAUCCUGGAGAGAAAGGAGAGUCUGUGCGUGGGCCACCGGGUCUGCCAGGGGUUUCUGGGCCAGUGGGCCCUCCUGGACCAUCUGGCCAAAAGGGAGAAACGGGUACAUCAGGGGAAAAAGGCAGCCAGGGAGACAAAGGCCCAAUGGGUUUGCCAGGGAUCCCUGGACCAACCGGUGUUCCAGGACCAGCCGGACCAAAAGGGGAGAGGGGUAAUAAAGGAGAUCCUGGAGUUACGGGGCCAAUUGGACCAUCAGGGCUUCCUGGUUUACAUGGACCACCUGGUGAGAAGGGAAGUCGGGUAAGAAUAAAAGCUUUACAACUAAAUCUUUCCUACUAACCCUUGUGUGAUUAGGUGGAAUGAUUAAUAUUAAAAUGUAUUUUUUAGAGUGCCAACAUAUUUUGCAGUGCUAUAAUGAUUAAUAUUUAUUUACAGUACUUGUGUCUGCAGUCUAUACACUUAUAUAUUCUUGCCAUCUUUCCAAAAAUUCCCUUACUUUUCUACUCUUCAGUCAUGAAAGUUUACAACAUUUCACAACAACUAAAUUUUCUCUUAUAAAUACACUCGUGCACUUGGCUUAUUGAACAACAUCUUCAUCAGUAUUGUAAUGGAAUAGGGGGAAGCAAUCUGUCACUCUUUAGCUGUUGUUAAACUAUAGCCGCUCAAUAGCUAGAGAGUUUGGGAUUGUUCUCUGGGACAGACUGUUCUUGAAUGGGGUGGAAUUGUGUGUUUGUGUGAAUGCAACUAGCUUGUGUGUGGUUUGCUCUUUCCUCAUUUUACUGUUGUGCACACUUGUGUUGUUUUACUAUAAAAGGGAAGUGUAAACCAAUCCAGCGCAUGUUUAACUCAUUACAAAUCUAGAUUUGUAAAACUUUCAUUUCUAAUCAUUCCACCUAUAAGAUGUUAACUUUUAUUUUCUUACUAAUAUCUUUGUAUAGAAAACAAUUAACCAAAUUUGCAUAUUUCAGUUGAGCUCUAUGUCCUUCUUGAUCCAGGGAAUCAGAAGAUCCCAUACCCAUCUACUAAAUAUAAGAUAUAUACCCAAAUGUAAAAGCAGUGGCUAUUUUCCUAUGGAUAUUAAACAUAUAGUCAAUGGCUAUUCUGUACAUCUAUCAUUAUUUAUGUUAUCCAUGGACUCCAGAUGGAAACAAAUUGACCCUUGCAGUCUUAUUAAAAUAAAAUAGUUUUUGUCUUGGCAUUAGCAAAUAGCUUUUAGGCUGAGCUUUUGCAUGUUUUAGUAACUGCCUUUGGUGUCUUCAUUUUUUCUUCCAUUUAAACAAAAAGGAAAGAGUGUCCAAAUAGCAAAUGCCUGUGGAAGGUGUUGUUGCUGUGAGGGUCUAUGGGAAAUGUUCUAGCUGCAGCAAAUACAAUAUGCUUUAAUGCAAAACAAAAAAAAACAUUGUUCUAUUAUUAUAUGCUUAUGUAAGCUUCCGACAAUGACCAUAUUGAGUCCCAUAUAGAGUUGCUGCAAUAAGAUGAUACUCUGCUUAGCUCAGUAAAAGCAAGUGGGAUCCCCAUGGGUUGAACUGUAUUCACUGGAAAAAAAAAUCAGAGGAAAGUCCAUGGCCCCAAAAAAUAUGUA